AUGUUUCCAUUAUAAGUUGACCAUUUAGUCGAUAAUAAACAGAUGAUUAUUUUAAGUUAGUAUCUGAGUGAAAUAAAUUAUCUUAACUAAGUCUAAGAUCUAUUUUAUUCCUUAAAUAUAUAGAUCUACAGUAAAUAAUUAAAUUUGAAUAAAUUUUCAUUAACUAUAUAGGAUCAGAAGAUCCUUCUUUUUAAUAAAAAUUAAAUCAAUUACAAAAUAUGUCACAAAAGUUCAAGCUUAGAAAACUCAGAGAUUAAAAACUAUAAGAUCUUCUUAAGGAUUUAGAAAAGCUUAAAGCAGAACUCAUUCAAUGAAGAACAGUCAAAGAUUCAGUUGGUAAUGCAUAGAAACUUGAUAGAAUUGGAGUAUUAAAUAAGUGUUUUUUUAUCAGCUUGUGAGAAGAAAAUGGCAAAAUACUUAACCAUCAUUAUUCAAUAAAGAAGAUAUUAAGUUAAAUGAAAUACAAACUUCCUGUUUAUCUAAGAGGUAAAUAAACAAGAGCAAUCAGAUAAAGAUUAACUAAAAGUGAAAAAGUUGGUUAUAUUUAAAUAUAAAUUAGCUUAAAAGACUGUCAGAUAAUUAAAAAAACUUAAAAAUUUUUGCAUUAAGAAAGUUUGCUUUGAAAGAGUGA